UAUUUAUUUCCCCUUUCUUUUCUCCCACUAAAGUAAAAUCCCAUUUCUGGUUUCUCUUUAUCUCUCACACACUAACACGAACAAUCUAUCUCAAACUCACACCUUUUAGAGAGAAGAAAGAAACUUUUACUCUUUUUUUUCCUCUUUUUCUUUCCCAUUGCUGUGUGAGUGUGUGACUGUGUGUUGGGAGUGUGGGGGAAUGUGAAUAGCGAUGAUAGUGAGAUAAUGAUGAUGAUGAUGAUGAUGAUGGUGUGUUUCAUCCACUCUUCCCCUCGAUCUUUUGCUUUCCUCCUAACUUAAGAUUAUACUUACACAGAUUCGAUUCAUAUCUUCCUUCUGUUCUUCUCCCCUUUUUUUCUCUUCCUUCUUUGUUCAUUUAUAUACACAUUGAUGAUGAUUGAAACUCGAAAAUCUACGACAAUGUCUUCCUAGUUUGGGUUGCUUCUCGACUGAUUCGAGGUGGGUUUCUUGUUUUUUGUUUUCAUUUUCCCAGAAAACUAGAAUGGAGGGAAUCUUUUCGGACACUGAUUGAGAACUUUGUGCCGGGAAACAUGGGGAACCGUUCAAUGUCGACGAUUUCUUCUUGUUAGAGAAAAUAAAAGUGUGAUUUUCUUCUUCUUCAGCUGCAUUGGAAAAUGAGUUAAUUUUUUUUUUUUUUGGGUACCAAAUUAUUUUUGUUGAGGGAUAAUUUGUGGGAUUUUUCUUUCUUCGAGCUAGAUUUUUUGGACCAUCCAUUUCUUAUUCUUCUUUGUUUCAGUUAAACCCCAUUUUUCUGAUACUUUUUAGGUUUCCCUUUUUUCUGUACUUUCUGCAAAAUUCGAGUGAUUUCUGCAGUCAUUCUAUCGUAUUUGCAAUAUUAAUGAUGAAAAUGAAGAAGCUGCCAAGUAGUUCAUUAAUGGCUACAAGGUCCGGAGGAUCAAAGCCCCAAAAAUCCCAUAAUAAAUUAACUAAUUAUAAUAACAAUGGGAGGAAGCAACAGCAGCAGACUAAUUAUUCACCUGCUUCUUCCACUACAUCGUCUUCAAAGCAUUUUCCUGAGACCACUUCAGGUGAUGGAUUGAGCUCCCCGGCUUCCUCCUCUGCCCGUAGUAGGCCUCCGGCGGCGGCGGCGGCCCCGCACUACUUGUAUUCCGAUGGUUCGGCAGUGGCAUUGGAGGAGGAGGUGGUGGUCCAGAGAUCCAAAGAGAAUGUUACUGUCACUGUUCGGUUUCGGCCUCUAAGCCCUAGAGAAAUUCGACAAGGGGAGGAGAUUGCAUGGUAUGCAGAUGGUGAUACCAUUGUUAGAAAUGAGCACAAUCCCUCUAUUGCUUAUGCAUAUGAUCGUGUGUUUGGCCCUACAACCACUACACGCCAUGUCUAUGAUGUUGCUGCUCAGCAUGUCAUUAGCGGUGCCAUGGAGGGAAUCAAUGGUACAAUCUUUGCUUAUGGUGUCACUAGCAGUGGGAAGACUCAUACAAUGCACGGUGAUCAGAGAUCUCCUGGGAUUAUACCGUUGGCCGUGAAGGACGCUUUCAGCAUUAUCCAGGAGACUCCGAGCAGAGAAUUCCUCCUCCGUGUAUCAUAUCUGGAAAUUUAUAACGAGGUUGUCAACGAUUUGCUGAAUCCAGCUGGCCAGAACUUAAGAAUUAGAGAGGAUGCUCAGGGAACUUUUGUCGAAGGCAUAAAAGAAGAAGUUGUUCUAUCACCAGCUCAUGCCCUAUCUUUAAUUGCUGCCGGGGAAGAGCACAGGCACGUUGGUUCUACAAAUUUCAACUUACUUAGCAGCAGAAGCCACACAAUAUUUACAUUGACUAUAGAGAGUAGCCCAUGCGAAAAUUCCGAAGGAGAAGCUGUUACCUUGUCACAACUAAAUCUCAUUGACUUGGCUGGCUCUGAGAGCUCUAGAGCUGAAACUACAGGUGUACGACGAAAAGAGGGCUCUUAUAUCAAUAAAAGCCUGCUAACUCUUGGAACUGUUAUAUCGAAGUUAACUGAUGGGAAAGCUACUCAUAUUCCAUACAGGGACUCCAAACUGACCAGGCUCCUUCAGUCCUCAUUAAGUGGCCAUGGUCGUGUAUCGCUUAUUUGCACUGUUACUCCGUCAUCAAGCAAUACUGAAGAGACACAUAACACACUGAAGUUUGCACACCGAGCAAAACAUAUUGAAGUUCAGGCAGCACAAAACAAGAUAAUCGAUGAGAAAUCUCUUAUCAAAAAGUACCAAAAUGAAAUCCGUUGUUUGAAAGAAGAGUUGGAGCAACUAAAGAGAGGCAUUGUUACGGUUCCUCAAGUGAAGGACAGUGGAGAUGAUUUUGUGCUCCUAAAACAGAAGCUAGAAGAUGGUCAGGUUAGGCUGCAAUCAAGGUUGGAACAAGAAGAAGAAGCAAAGGCUGCUUUAUUGGGAAGAAUACAACGGUUGACAAAAUUAAUCUUAGUGUCCACAAAAGCUCCAUCGUCCAGAUUUCCUCAGCGCCCUGGUCCAAGGAGACGGCAUUCUUUUGGAGAAGAAGAGCUUGCCUAUCUUCCUCACAAAAGGCGGGAUCUGAUCUGGGAUGAUGAAAAUGUUGAUUUGUAUGUAUCUCUUGAUGGCAAUGCCGAAACUCCUUAUGAGACACUGAAGGAGGAGAAAAAAACGAGGAAAAAUGGAUUGCUGAAUUGGUUAAAACUACGGAAGCGAGAUAAUGGCAUGGGCACAUUGACAAGCACAAGUGAGAGAUCCAGUGGAGGAGCCAAGUCUACUAGUACACCCUCAACCCCGCAGGCUGAGAGUGUGAACAUUCGCAUGGAAUCAAGACUCUCUCAUUCUCUGCCCUCUGAAAGCACCCCAUCCGCAGAGCAUUUACCUGAAGCCAUACAUGAUAGAGAAGUGCAGGAGGGUAACUUUUCUGCACAGGAAACUCCCCUGACUAGCAUGAAGACAAUCGAUCAGAUUGACCUUCUGCGGGAGCAGCAAAAGAUCUUAUUGGGUGAAGUGGCACUUCAUACAAGUUCUCUGAAGAGAUUGUCUGAGGAGUUGACACAUCAACCUAGGAAGGAACACAUUCAAGAUGAGAUCCGGAAAUUGAAUGAUGAAAUCAAGAGGAAGAAUGAACAAAUAGCUUCGCUGCAAAAGCAAAUUGCAGAUUCGAUCCUUUCUUCUGAUGAAAAUUUGGAAAAUUUGGAUGAAUCACAAUCUGUUGCUGAACUUGUGGCACAAUUGAAUGAGAAAUCAUUUGAACUUGAGGUUAAAGUUGCUGAUAACCGAAUUAUUCAAGAACAGCUAAAUCAAAAGAUUGAUGAAUGUAAAGAAUUGGAGGAAAUGAUAACUUCCUUGAAUAAACAACUAUCUGAUGCUUUAGAGCACCAGAGGCAUCAUGGUGAAAUUAAAAAUUUGGAAACGACAACAAAGGAAGCCUUGAUUCUUCAAGCUCAGGAAAUGGAGAUUCAAGAGCUUAAAAGGAAAGUGCAUGAAUUGACUGAGUCAAACGAGCAGCUGGAACUUAGGAACCAGAAAUUGGCUGAGGAAAGCACAUAUGCCAAGGGAUUAGCGUCAGCUGCUGCAGUUGAGUUAAAGGCACUGUCCGAGGAAGUUGCUAAAUUAAUGAACCAGAAUGAGAGAUUAACUGCUGAGUUGGCAGCAGCAACAGCACCGAAAAGCUCUCCCAGCCAGCAACAGCAGCGCCGGAACAGCUUAUCCUCCUCUCGCAAUGGCCGAAGAGAUAGUCUCAGCAAACAAGGUGCCGUGGCCCCCCCUGAUCACCUGAAGAGAGAACUGGCAUUGGCCCGUGAGAGGGAACUCGCUUAUGAGGCCGCUUUAGUGGAAAAGGAUCAAAGGGAGGCUGAGUUGCAGAGUAAAGUAGAAGAGUCGAAACAACGAGAAGCAUACCUAGAAAAUGAACUUGCAAACAUGUGGGUUCUGGUGGCAAAGUUGAAAAAGUCUCAAGGUGGUGCUGAAAGUGAUGUUAGUGAAGCGGUUGGCACAGAGAGUCAGAACCAUCUUCUUGAAAUGUGGAAUCGGUGAAAAAAGAAACCUACAUCUAUGACACAUUCAUAGUUAGCCGGAAAUAGAGUGAGAAGACGGGGGAAAAGAAAGACAAUGAAAUCCGUGUUUGUAGUUUGUUGCUGUUUGGGUUUUUUGAGUUUUGUCCACUUCUGAUUCUGAAUUUGGUCUAGGCUCAGAUGUUGCUUGUAAAAAUCAGGUUUGUCUUGGUUGUUCUUGCGGUUUUUUGUAGGUAAAAUGUCAUCAUUAAUCUCAAUGAAAUUGCCUCAACAUUUGUAUCGGUGUGAGGUGUUCCUAUGUAAAUAUUAUGUGUUUGUCUCUUGCUACAUACUACUGCAUUUAGUCAAAGGAGAAAACAUCCAUGCAAUGUUUUGAAGAAUUCCUCCUGAUGGGAUGAUAUUCUUGUUUGUCGUUAAAAGGGUG